CACGACUGUGAGCGCUAUUUAGGCAGCAAAUCACACAGCCGGUUGUGCAGAGCGGACUACAUUUCCCAUCAGGCCUGCUGGGAGCGCGUCGAUUUUCCCUUUUCAGCGACGUUUUCUUGGUUUGCAGCUGGAUCAGCUGGAAGGACGCGCCACUGCGCAACACUGGACAAACCUGGAGGUGUUAAUAGUGUCGUUUCUGUUCAGAGGCUGGAGUUCAUGCGCAAUUGUCACACAGUUAUUUACAGAAAUUAAUUGGUUUCUACUUUUUUUUUUUUUAAGAAAAAACUUUUAGGAUCUACUGUGCGCAAAAACUGCGGCAAAGUUAGUCGGAUAACACACUAAGACAUCUGACAGGCAGCAGGGAACGUGCUGCAGCUGACUGAGCUCAGCAGCAUCGGUUGGACGGAGCCGCCGGUGCCAACGCCUUUCCCUCCUCUCUCUCACCGCCGGCUGGGAAACUUCAGCUCACGCUGAACCGACAGCAGUUGGACGGUGUUUCCCUUCAACAGAUGAGCACCUGAAACCCGCAGUUUUGACUCUAAGAAGUUGUUUGAGAUCCCCCCCUCCCUCCCAAAAAAAUGGGCUGCACGAUCAGCGCUGAGGACAAAGCUGCGGUGGAGAGGAGUAAAAUGAUUGAUAAGAACCUGCGAGAAGACAGAGAGAAGUCCUCCAGGGAGGUGAAGCUGCUUCUGCUCGGUGCGGGGGAAUCCGGGAAAAGCACAAUAGUAAAGCAGAUGAAAAUCAUUCAUGAGGAUGGCUACUCAGAAGAAGAAUGCAAGCAGUACAAAGUGGUGGUGUACAGCAACACCAUCCAGUCCAUCAUGGCCAUCAUCAGAGCCAUGGGCCAGUUAAAGAUAGACUUCGGGGAUGCUGCACGAGCGGACGAUGCUCGCCAGCUGUUUGCCCUGGCGAGCUCGGCCGAGGAGGGGGUGUUGUCUGCAGACCUGACCAGUGUGAUUCGGAGGCUGUGGAACGACGGUGGAGUUCAGGCCUGUUUCGAUCGAUCACGAGAAUAUCAGCUCAAUGACUCCGCCGCGUAUUACCUGAAUGACCUGGACAGGAUCUGCCAGCCCAACUACAUCCCGACUCAGCAGGACGUUUUGCGCACACGAGUGAAGACGACCGGGAUCGUGGAAACUCACUUCACUUUCAAAGAUCUCUACUUCAAGAUGUUUGAUGUCGGAGGUCAGCGCUCAGAGAGGAAGAAGUGGAUCCACUGUUUUGAGGGAGUCACGGCGAUCAUUUUCUGUGUAGCGCUCAGCGACUACGACCUCGUGCUGGCCGAGGAUGAGGAGAUGAACCGGAUGCACGAGAGCAUGAAGCUUUUCGACUCCAUCUGCAACAACAAGUGGUUCACGCUCACCUCCAUCAUCCUCUUCCUCAACAAGAAGGACUUGUUUGAGGAGAAGGUCAGCAGGAGUCCGCUCACUAUCUGCUACCCCGAGUACUCUGGUGGUCACUCAUAUGAAGAGGCAGCAGCUUACAUCCAGUGCCAGUUUGAAGACCUAAAUAAACGAAAGGACACCAAGGAGAUCUACACUCACUUCACUUGUGCCACGGACACCAAGAAUGUGCAGUUCGUGUUCGACGCUGUCACCGACGUCAUCAUCAAGAUCAACCUGAGGGAGAUCGGGCUCUACUGAAGCUCCGGCUGCCUCCCAGGUUUCAGAAGAUUCAGGACUUCUGGAGUGUUUUGUCUGCAGAGAGCGAAGUGGAAAGCAGGUGUUUCUAAGGACUAAGCCGGUGGCCGCGUGCAUACAAAAAAUUGCACUAAAUUUGGGGACUUGUAACGAUGAUCACUUUUGUCUUAAUAGAUUUUUUUUUAUGCUGAGCGCUCUGGGAGGAAGUGAGUCGGGGAGGCUUGUGAAAAUCAUUACUGUGAGUCGUGUCGUAUUUAAGAUCUCUGCGGGCAGGUGAAGCCGUUCUGACGUCUCUUUUAUAGUCUUGUCGUCUGCACGAGGACCAAAACGAAGCACCUGUUCAUCAGAUCCACAGCUGCAUCUCACGGUUUUACAGCCACAAUGUAAAUUCUGUUCACACCCCUUUUGUCGUGCUGCAUUUUCUCUUAGCUGUAUGUUUGUAUCACAUCGCUUUUAUUGAAUAUUUGUUAUGUUUUAUUAUAAUUUUAGUUGCAGUUACAUAAUAUUUCCACUUUUAGAUGUAUGAAUGCCAUAACUUAUGUAGAGGACAGUUUUGCAGAAUAGAAUGCAACCGUUUGGGUCUGGGAUUAGUUAGAGUCUGAUGAACUCGGUAGCAACAUGCUGUCUGCGUAGUUUUGAUUUUAACUCGACCACAUUGUCCUGAACAACAUCUUCGAUUUUUCUGUGUAUUUUUAUUUUUAUUUUUAUUUUUUUCAUCUUACUUUAAAUACGACUAAUAUUAUUCAAUCACUGGAGGUCAACGUAGCAUCUGUUUUUUAUUGCAGGGUAAGUUUUAAAUCCUGUGGAUAUUAGUAGAGAAACAUAAAGAUUUUAAAUAUACAAAAGUGGGAUUAGUGUUUGAUAUAUCCACAGGCCUUAUUUGUGUUCUUUGGCCGUAGCCUUCACAUAACUCUGAGGAAGUCUGUUGCUGUUAGGUUCUGCAGUGAGCUUAGAUCAGUCACUUCCUGCACAGAGAAGCCCUGGUAGCCGAGUUCCCCAAAAUGUUCAGAUUUUACAUAUUUGAGGAGUUGUACUGGCUCAUUAAAUGAUAGCACAAAGA